GACUGGAAGGAGAGUUGAGCCUGUGGGGGGGGGGCAGGACCACUCUUGGGAUACCAGAUAUGUCAUCUAGGAUGGUCAGAGCCAUCAGGGCCCCGCUUCAUGAUCUGGGCUCUUUCAGAAUGAAGGGUGGGGGGGCAGAGGAUCAAGGUGUCUCUCUGCACUUUUGGGGGGAGGAGGCUGUUGCCAUGGCUUCCCUCUGCCCCCAUGACCCCGGGCAUGGUGGGAACUGCCCUCCCCAUCACUCCCACAAUUGGAUGGGGCUGGGGGACUGCCCUGACUCACCCAAGUGGGAAUUGGCCCCAUCAGCUAUGGCAGAGAGUACCCACUGUGGCGGGUCCUCUGCCCUGUCGGAACAUUGGCCCCCAUCAUGGCCCUUGGCGGUCCCACUGGCUGAGGCCUCCUGCUUGCAUGCCAAGCCUGGGGUCUCCUGGUUCCUGGGCAGGACAGAGGCCAACUCCAAUGGCUUUGUUCCCACAGUCUGCAACUUCAUGUCCCAUGAGAAGUGCCUGAAGCAGGUGAAGACCCCCUGCACUGGCGUGGCCCCCAGCCUGGUCCGAGUCCCGGUGGCCCAUUGCUUUGGACCCCGGGGGCUCUACAAGCGCAAGUUCUGCAUCGUGUGCCGCAAGAGCCUGGAGGCGCCCGCGCUGCGCUGUGAAGUGUGUGAGCUGCACGUUCACCCCGACUGUGUGCCCUUCGCCUGCAGCGACUGCCGCCAGUGCCACCAGGACGGGCACCAGGACCACGACACGCACCACCACCACUGGCGCGAGGGGAACCUGCCCUCGGGGGCGCGCUGCGAGGUGUGUCGGAAGACGUGCGGCUCCUCCGAGGUGCUGGCCGGCCUGCGCUGCGAGGCCCGGGCCCCGAGCGGCGGGACCUCGGAGGACGAGGGCAGCAGGGGCCCCAGGUCCCGAGAGGUCUCGCCUGAGGCCUGGAUCAUCCGCACCCUCCCUCGGACCCAGGACAUCCUGAGGGUCUACCCUGCCUGGCUCAAGGUGGGUGUCGCCUACGUGUCCAUUCGCGUGACUCCGGAGAGCACCGUGAGGGCGGUGGUGCUGGAGGUCCUGCCAAUGCUUGGGCGCCAGGCCGAGGGUCCUGAGAGCUUCCAGCUGGUGGAGGUGCUCAUGGGCAGUAGGCAAGUGCAGCGGACGGUGCUGGCGGAUGAAGAGUUUUUGCUCAACCGUCUCCAAGACAUCCGACAGACGUCCCUGCGGCAAAUGAGUCAAACUCGCUUCUACGUGGCUGAGAGCAGGCCUGUGGUCCCCCGUGUCUCCUUGUUCGUUGGUGGCCUGCCUCCCGGCCUGUCCCCCCAGGAGUAUGAAAACCUGCUGCAUGAGGCUGUGGCCACCAAAGCUGGCCUGGUGUCCCUGAGCCACGUGUACUCCUCCCAAGGUGCUGUGGUACUGGACGUGGCCUGCUUUGCAGAGGCCGAACGGCUGUACAUGCUGGUCAGAGACACAGUUGUGCAUGGCCGGCCACUAACUGCCCUGGUGCUCCCGGAUGUGCUGCACUCGAAGCUGCCCCCAGACUCCUGCCCCCUCCUCGUCUUUGUGAAUCCCAAGAGCGGAGGCCUCAAGGGCCGUGACCUGCUCUGCAGUUUCCGGAAGCUGCUGAACCCUCACCAGAUCUUUGAGUUGACCAAUGGGGGGCCUCUUCCUGGGUUCCACAUGUUCUCCCAGGUGCCCUGUUUUCGGGUGCUGGUGUGUGGUGGGGAUGGCACCGUGGGCUGGGUGCUUGCUGCCCUGGAGGAGAUGCGGCACCGGCUGGCCUGCCCCGAGCCUUCUGUGGCCAUCCUGCCUCUAGGCACAGGGAAUGACCUUGGCCGGGUCCUCCGCUGGGGGGCGGGCUACAGCGGAGAGGACCCUCUCUCGGUGCUGGUGUCGGUGGACGAGGCUGAUGCCGUGCUCUUGGACCGUUGGACCAUCCUGCUGGAUGCUCACGAGGCCACCAGUGCAGAGGACAGCGUGGCUGACCUGGAGCCCCCCAAGAUUGUGCAGAUGAGUAACUACUGUGGGAUUGGCAUCGAUGCAGAGCUGAGCCUGGACUUCCACCAGGCUCGAGAGGAGGAGCCCAGCAAGUUCACAAGCAGGUUCCACAACAAAGGUGUGUACGUGCGAGUUGGGCUGCAGAAGAUGAACCACUCGCGCAGCCUGCACAAGGAGAUCCGGCUGCAGGUGGAACAACAGGAGGUGGAGCUGCCCAGCAUCGAGGGCCUGAUCUUCAUCAACAUCCCCAGCUGGGGCUCAGGGGCUGACCUGUGGGGCUCCGACAGCGACUCGAGGUUUGAGAAGCCGCGCAUGGAUGAUGGGCUGUUGGAGGUGGUGGGGGUGACGGGCGUCAUGCACAUGGGCCAGGUCCAGGGUGGGCUGCGCUCCGGCAUCCGCAUCGCCCAGGGCGCCUACUUCCGAGUCACGCUUCUCAAGGCCACACCCGUGCAGGUGGAUGGGGAGCCCUGGGUCCAGGCUCCUGGCCACAUCAUCAUCUCAGCUGUGGGCCCGAAGGUCCACAUGCUCAGGAAGGCCAAGCAGAAGCCUAAGAAGGCCGGACCGCCCAAGGAUGGCCAAGCAGAUGGGGUGCCUACCCCCGAGGGGGCCCCCAAGUAGAGAAGGGCCCCAGAGCUGUCUCUGCCUGUUCUACAGCAGUGGAUGGAUGUGCCUGUAGCCCCGACCUUGGGGUGUUCCUCCCACAACCCUGACUCCCAACUGGUGACCUGGGGUGGGCAGGGGCUCUGGCUGGCCGAUCCUUACUCCCUGGAGCCUAGGCCAUCAUGGAGGGCAUGCCUCCCUGUGUGUCUCCCACCACCGCCGAACCCUGGGAGCUGGCAGCCCUGGACCUCAUCUGUGUCCCUCAGGCGGUCCCUGGGUGCUCCUAGAGUAGCUGGCUCCGAGGGUCCUAGUGUGCCCAGCAGAUGUGGGGCACCCACCCACCACCAGCUCCUCUGGCCUCCCGACUUCCUCACCGCAAGCCUGGCUGUGGCCCAGGAGUGACAGGAUUGCACUGCGCAGGAGAGCCUGAGGAAGCAAGAGAACUUGGCCACCGUCCUAAGGAUGGACUGGUGCCUGGAGGGUGGGCAGAAGUGCCUGGAAGGACCAGAACUGAGCAGACCUGGGCCCUGAGGCAGGGCCCAGAUAAAGUGGUGACAGGAAGUGUGGAGGAGCCAGCUUUAAUCACCAAGGAUGACUUGCACUUUGUACCUUGUUUGCCAACCAUCAACAAGCCCCUUCCCAGUGUCUGCUUAGCAGACAGGAUCCCUGCGGCCUCUGUGCUCCUCCACACGGAGACCCGUGAGGUGGGACAUGGCUGCUGAGCCCAAGUCAGAUGACCCACAGAGCUGUCUUAGACUCCAGGAGGAACCUGACCAAAUACUGUCUGCCUGGGAAACCUCCCGAGGCCCCAGAGGAGGCCCCACAGACCCCACCUCUCCCCAUCAUCAGACCCUGAGCUGGGUCCCUUUGCUGCUAGUGCCUCUGGCAGGGCUGCCUCUGGCACCCCUGGUGGCUUUGCCCUGAGAUUUGGCCUCAACCUCAGAAGUGCUCCCCCUCCUCCAUACUCCCCCAGCUUCUGCCAAAACUGCACUGACAAUGCACUGAGCAGCCUCUGGCUUCAGCUUGUGUGCCUCUGAGCCGUGCUUUCCUCUGCCUAUCUCUGUGGUGUAAUUGUUGCUUCCCUGCAGGCCCCGUUUUUGAGUGUCUGUAGGACUGUCUGUAAAUUGGGGUUAGGGUGACCAUCCUGUUCUAAAGGGUGUCUGUGUGGCUCUGCGUCAGUGGCCUCCUGGUAACCUACACUACCUGCAACCCUAACUUAUGUCUGCCACAAAUACAUCUGGGCAUGGCCUUGGCUGCUGUCUCA